AUGGACGUCGAAGAAUCGCCUUGGGCCGACUCAUCACAGGCCGCAUCGCAACAGGCAUCGCAGCCUGAAGCCGCGGCCUCGCAAUCGUCCAACCCAGCUCCCUCGGCUUCCUCGUCGGCCCCUCGUCCAUCAAGAGGACCACGUCGGCUGGUCGCUCAACCCACACGUCUCGAAGCUGUCGAUGAUCCUCUCGGUCCUCUCGGCGCCGCCACCGAAGACAAUGGCUCUGCCCAGGAUGCCCCUCCGGUGCCUCCGCAAAAGGAGCAGAUGGUGAUUCGUACCACCAUGCCGCAGCCCCAGCAGCAGCGACGACCUGCGGAUCCUCACCAUAUCGACGAUGACGAGAACGAUGGGUCAAAGGCUCCUCGCGCACCUCCUCCCGUUGAGGCUGCCCAGCCCAGUGCCGUCAGGAGCAGCAAUCAGCCGAGCGUUAGUGUUGAGCAAGCUGCCAAGCCCACGUUCCAGAUUACGGUUGGAGAUCCUCACAAAGUUGGCGACCUGACAAGUUCCCACAUUGUCUAUUCCGUUCGAACCAAGACCACUUCCAAGGGAUAUAAACAGCCCGAGUUCGAAGUCAAGCGCCGAUAUCGCGAUUUUCUCUGGCUUUACACGACUCUCCAUGGCAACAACCCUGGAAUUGUGGUUCCACCUCCUCCUGAGAAGCAGGCUGUCGGUCGCUUCGACAGCAAUUUUGUAGAGAGCCGACGAGCUGCUCUUGAAAAGAUGCUUAACAAGACCGCGAUACACCCUACGCUCCAGCACGAUCCCGAUCUGAAGCUUUUUUUGGAAAGCGAAACUUUCAAUGUGGACGUCAAGCACAAGGAGAGGCGGGAGCCCAUUCCUACCGAGAGCAAGGGUGUGCUUGGGUCUCUGGGUAUCAACGUUGGAGGCGGAAACAAGUUUGUGGAACAGGAUGACUGGUUCCAUGAUCGCAAGGUCUACCUCGAUGCUCUCGAGAAUCAGCUCAAGGGACUUCUCAAGGCUAUGGAGACCAUGGUUAGCCAACGUAAGAUGAUGGCCGAGGCAGCUGGUGACUUCUCAGCUUCCCUCCACGCACUCUCCACCGUUGAAUUGUCACCCUCACUAUCAGGCCCCCUUGAUGCUCUUUCCGAGCUCCAGCUUACUAUUCGAGAUGUGUAUGACCGCCAGGCCCAGCAGGAUGUUCUGACAUUCGGCAUUAUUCUCGAGGAGUACAUUCGCCUCAUCGGGUCAGUCAAGCAGGCAUUUGGCCAGCGACAAAAGGCGUUCUAUUCAUGGCAUGCUGCGGAGUCGGAACUACAGAAGAAGAAGGCUACACAGGACAAGCUUUUGAGACAAGGAAAGAGUCAGCAAGACCGACUCAACCAAAUGAGCGCUGAAGUUGGCGAGUCAGAGCGCAAGGUUCACCAGGCCAGGCUUCUUUUCGAGGAUAUGGGCCGGUUGAUGAGAAGCGAGCUUGAUCGAUUUGAGAAGGAGAAGGUGGAAGACUUCAAGAGUGGUGUUGAGACAUUCCUUGAAAGCGCAGUUGAGGCGCAAAAGGAGCUUAUCGAGAAGUGGGAGACAUUCUUGAUGCAACUUGACGCUGAAGACGACGAGUCAGUAUUUUACAGACCACCAGUAUACCAGCAACAGCAGCAAAAGGGAGGCGAUACUGCGGUUGACCGCGCUCGGGCGAGGAUAGACGAAGACUCGGACUAG